AUUGUUGUGUACCUAUAUGUCAAUGCCAACAUCCUCGACUUUAGCGGUCCUAGCGAGGUCUACAGUACGCUCCCAACUUCAGGAGGCAUAGACUUCGAUAUCACAACUUUUGCGCAUAGUAGUCCAGUAGCCACAGGGAGCGGGGCCCCUAUACACAUUCCUAAUGCCCGGUUCGACGAGGUUGAAGUCCAUAUUAAGGACUACAGCGUCCUGCUCAUUCCCGGUGCGGAUUUCUCAACAAUCUAGAUACUAAGACAACUUUAAAGUAAGGCCGAGAACUGUUGUGUUUCAUACAACAAUUUUCUUCCCUACUGCCACAGGGUGAAUAUGAGAAACGCAUCCUGCAGUCUGUGUGUACAGGUACGAUCCUCCUUGCAGCGUCUGGCGUCAUGACCGGGCGCACGGCGACAACGCACCAUCUAUGCUUCGACAAGCUAAAGCAAACCGCGAACCACGCGGCUUGUAGCGAUGCAAAGAUUGAGAUCAAUCAGAAGCGCUGGGUUGAUGUGGGAACAACGAACGCAGGAGUUAGGAUCGUGAACGCGGCGAACGUAACCUCUCGUAUUGACACAAGUUUGUGUAUCUACGAGCAGCUUGUUGGAAAGAAAGACGCGUAUUUGGUUGCAGAGAUCGCGGAGUUUGAGAGAAGGGACGAGUGUUGGAGUGCUUGGAAGCGUUACGUUUACGCUAAUGGGCAUGGAGCUUGAUUUGCUUGUUGCUCCUUUGCCAAAUGUGCUUAAUACAUGUGUCAAUCACCCAUUCCACAAUAUGCAGUAGGCCACAGGAUGGAGAAGCGCGCACGCGCCACACGACCUGCUAUGUCACCCCAAUUUGAAGUACGUUCGACAAGAGAAAUACGUCUAUUUGGUACCUCGAGUUUGUGCAGGAAGGCUUUGGGAGCAGCUUUGUUCUGGUCG